AGCUAGCUAGCUAGAAGAUGGAGAUUUCCCGCCGCUUUGGAAAAGUAUCAGCAAGGCAAUUCUCUCCACCUGACUUGGAGAUUGACUCAUUAGUUAGGUCAUUUUGGGUCAGAUCCAAGCGCCUGAGCAGCCCUGUCGGAAUUGCCACCUGUCAUUGUUCCUCCCCAGCAAACCCCUUCUCAACUCCAGGCUCCACCAAGUCAGAGUAGGAAGUGGCGCUUCCCGUGCUGGGUUACGUUUCAGCUUGACUGUGUGAUUGGAACGCUAGCUAGGUAGCAGACCAUCUCCUCUAGGAGCAAUAGCUAGCUAGCCAACCAGCUAGAGAGGCCUGCCUACUACAAUACCGAUACCGCAGAUGAGCAUUCGGCACAGAGGAAUCUAUUUUAGUCACGUGUUCUUGAUGGAUCAUGAGCAGAACGUCAGAGGGCAACUCAUUUUGGGCAUAAUUCCUGCUUCCUGAUUGGUCAGUUCUUUCCUACUUUCAGGUAGAUAAGGGUAUUAUAAUAAAUAUUUUAUUCUUUUAUUUACCUAGCUUACCUGUGCGGGUCGUAUUCCUUCUUCACAGUGACACUCCAUCUUGACUUUUUCCAGGAACUGUCGAGUUCGCUGUUCUCACUCUCUCUCUCCGAGUUACAGCGCUGUUGUUGCUGUCCUGCCUGUUCCCAUCUACCCAUAGACUUGAAUCGAAUCAACCACCAUAUCUACCAAACCCGCUCUGGAUCCUCUUAUUAGUCUAUUUGCAUUUUCUAUGCUGGCCUGCCUCCUGUACCCAGAAUGUAAUUCGGCAACGGGGGAGAGAGAGAAGUAGUAUUGCUUGCUUGUUUUUGACAUCAUCCUGUAUCUUGCGUCAAUCCCAGCAAUCCGUCAUCAAACCAUCACCAUGGCGACACAGAACACCCAGUUGAUACGGUCUGUACGGAUCCUUGUCGCCGCUACCGGAGUCACGUACAAAAUCUCCCUACCUCUGAGUGACCUAACCGUUGCAAAUAUCCAGUCACAUCUAGCCGCUGCUGUCCCCCCAUCUGAUCAAAUUCUAUUGCUGGGGCCACCCUAUAAAGUUCCAAAAGACUCUACUUUGCAAUCAGAAGAGGUUCUACAAUCCCUAAGAGUAGGAGAUCUGGAAGAUGAUCCCCUAGCUGCAGCUGCAGAAUCAGCAAAGGCAAUCAGCCAGGGAACCCAGGCGUCAACAUCCUCGGGUCCAAUCACUCCCAUUCAUAACACCAUUUUAUCCACCACAGAAAGAUCCGGAGCUCGGCGCCUUUUCCUAUUCUCAAAACAAGCUCUGUCACAGACGGCUCCUGAUCCUCCACUUUGUUCUCUGCAACCAAAGACACUCCAACUUCCCAGUCAGGCGCCAGGGCAGUCGCCUCUGGAAAUGUCCUUCUCCGCAGGGCAAUCUGCAUCAUCUUCUCCAAACUCGAUGCCUCCACUCCAUCAAGCCCUGGCCGCCUAUGAGCGACAGUUUAUGCUUUCUCUCGGACAAGGUCGUGUGCUGGCGGAUGGAGCGGAUAUGCGUCUUCGAGCAUGUCGUCAGUGCGUUCAGGAACAAGCUAUCAUGGCACGGGCACUCCGUGCUGCUGUUUCCAAUCUAUCGGAUCACUACAAUGGUGCCGCCAGGACACGGUCACAGUUCACCAACACAUUCCAGCAUGCUACUGCCAAGCAUGCCAGUCUCCUACAGCGGUUUGAAUCCAUCCUCUCCAACUUGCAGGCAAUUCCUCUGCAUCCGGCGUUGGUACGAAUGGCCCGGUCUUCUGGACGCGUCAUGGAAACACUGUUAGACACUGUACCCGUCGAACCAGAAAGGGCUUGGGCGGCACAGUGCCAGACAUCCCAUCAACGACUCCUGACGCUAUUUGCAGAUCUUGACGCAACGUUUGCGAGUCUGGGGACACCUGCACAAAGAGACGAAGAAGCAAGAAAAGACCUGGCGGCAGAACAUGAAAUUCAGACUGCGUGGGCACAGCUGACAUCUGGAGAGGUAAAACAGAUCCGAGACCGACAAGCAGAGCGGUUGGAGCGAUUGACGCAAGAUCACCGGGCUGUGGUAGACAUUAUUCUUCGUGCUGUGGGAAAUAAUAACGACCAACAACAGCAAUUGGAUCCAUGGACACAGCAACAACAACAACAACCAGCACCAUUAUCGCCACAAACCAACGCAACAGUUGUCUCGGAUCCUUCCAACGUCCAGAACGCAUUUGGCCCGUUGCAAGAGAUGUCACACGCCAGCAAAGAUAUCGUCCCUAACAUGAUCCAAGACGACGGAAAGUUGGCACAUUUCAUGGAAACCGUGGCUGCGAGCAAAAAUCGGGCCAUGAAGUACAUGCAGCAACGUCUCCGAGAAGUGUCCAUAGCACAAUCGUCGAUCCAACGCGUACUCAGCAGCGUGGCGGUUCUGAAGGAUGCAUUGCAAACACAAUCUGAGAACAUGGUCCAUCUGGAACAUGUUGAGCAGCUGGCAGAUAGUUACAAACAAUUUUUGAGCGAAAUCAGACGACGACGCGCGUAUGGACAGGCUGUCAUGUCCUCCAGUACAGCCAUGAUGGAGCGACUGGCAUCCAUGCGGGCAGAUGAAGUAAAAGCUCGAGAAAAGUUUCUGCGUGGACCUGGCAGACAUCUGAUGCCGCCAUUCUUUGAAAUGUUUGUUCCGACUCUGGCAACGCCACCCCCGUUGUUCACACCCCAACUGCCAGCCAUGGUGGAACUGGACACGAUGCCAGAUGUUGGCCCGCCGGAGAGUCAUGACCAAAGUGACGCCACAAUGAUCCCUGUGUCCACUGCGGGAGAGCAGGGCGUCGUAAGCACGAGUGCGUCAACCUUAACUGCUGAGAGCGCUGCGCCUGCGAGACGAUACAGCGCGACAACCGAGGACGCUAAAAUGGCGGAAGACUCGUCCAAGAACGUCGCAAGCACAGCGGGUCGCACGGCAGAGCAGCAACCGCAUGAUCAACAACAGCCAGAACAACUGAUUGUGAGCGCUGAUGAUGGGAACGACCUCAUUUUGGGUGACGGUGAGGGGGACACAAGCCGCCGUGCAGCAGAAGACGCAGAACGAAAGACGUUGGCAUAUGAGAAUGCGGUUCUGAGACAAGCACUGGAAAGACUUGGCGGGAAACCGCCCAGGGCAUACCUGGACGAAGCUGCUGCUGCAGCACCACCGGUGAGUGCACCGUCUGAUGUGGACCUGGCUGCUGUCGCCGCUCUGAAGAAGGAGCUAUCAGAAACCAAGGCUGCUGCCGAGGCUGCUGAGAAAAAGGUGGAUGCACUGGAAAAGAAGGAAGCAGCGAGAACAUCUCGUGCAAUACAUCGCGAAAAUGAUGACAGAAUUAGUCAUUCCAGCUUCUCUGUGGGAGACGUUGGCCUGUUCAUGCCAACCGGACGUGGUUCCGGUGGCAAGAGAACAUACCUUGCCUUUCAUACGAACUGCCCUCAUCGAUAUUUGAGCACAGACAACAUUCCUGGAAGUCCUGACUUCGUGUUGGGGCGCAUUGUCUACCAGGAAGAGCUUAUUGCUGGGGAAGUCGGGACAGACGCAAAUCCCUACGGCCUUCACGUGGGCACCAAAUUUUGGGUGCUGACUGUGGAGGUUUUGAAUUCGAACUUGAGUGCAGCCGGUGGAACGUCAACUAGCUAGCUCAGCGCUGUCCCGCCGUGUUGCAUGGAAGGUCGUGGUUGUUGGCCUUGUUCUGGAUGGCAAAGGCACAAAAAUGUUCCUUCCGGCAGCAGCCUCGUAGAGGGCACAGAAGAAUUUUCUACUAUUAUAUUUAUAAAUUGACUAGAACAAAAGAGUGGUUUGUAGUUAUCGGUUCUACAGGUUGGGAACACCUGUCUGUGAUAUGAUUCCCCCCUCCCAAUCUUGUGGUUCGAUGGGUAACGGUAUUUUUGGGAGAUGGUGUCAACCACCAGCCAAUUGCAGGCCACGCAUUCUCCGCUUGCUAUCUUCGUUACUGCGAGGGUGCAUCUGGGGGUGCCAGAGUUGAGAGUUGGAGGGAGGGAGGGCGUUUACUGCUUGAGGAUACGCUGUACAUCUGAGGUGCCAGAGUUGGGAGUUGGAGGGCGGGAUGGCCUUAGGGCUGCAACAACCUAUGAGUGUCUACAAUAGGUGUUGUGUCCUACCUGCAAGAAGGCAACACUAAUAAGCAAACAAAUUGAAUAGAAGCAAGCUUUUGACUAGUUU